CCCUUUCGUUCCCGAAAUGGGUACCCUGCAUUUGCAGCUCAAACACUGAAGUCCACCUUCAAUCAUUUAGGAAAAAGCAAAAAGAUUUCUCUUUUCAUACAAGGUUAGUUUCCCCUCAAUGAAAUCUCAACUGAGUAACUCAAGAAAAUUCUUAAAAUGAAGUGUCUAAAACAUUUUCGUAAAUUUUCAACCUUUCUUGAUUUACCCAAAAAUACCCACCAAAGAAAAAAAUUGGACCCAAUUCCAUUGCCUCACAGAACAAUUUCUGAACCAAAAGGCCAAGAUCUUGAUUUUGUUAAUGUAGCUCAUAGUCACCUUAUACAUUCUGAUUGGUCUAAGCUUGAGAAUUUAGCUUCUGGUUUAACCCCAUUUAGAGUAAAGCACAUUUUAUUGAAAACUCAGAAAGAUUAUGUUUUGUCCCUUGAAUUCUUCAAUUGGGUUGAGGUUAAAAACCCUAAUUCAAAUACCCUUGAGAAUCAUUCCAUUGUUCUUCAUGUUCUUACUAAGAAUAAGAAGUUUAAAUCAGCUGAAUCAAUUUUGAGGAAGCUUCUUAAAUCAGGUUGUGUUGAAUUUCCUGCUAAAUUAUUUGAAGCUAUACUGUUAUCGUAUCGAAUGAGUGAUUCUUCGCCGCGUGUUUUUGACUCAUUGUUUAAGUGUCAUGCUCAUUUGAAGAAGUUUAGGAAUGCUAGUGAUACAUUUUGUAGUAUGAAGCAGUAUGGUUUUGUUCCUACUGUUGAGUCUUGCAAUGCUUUUAUGAGCUCAUUGCUUAGUUUGGAUAGGACAGAUGUUGUAUUGGGUUUUUAUAAGGAGAUGCGUCGUUCAAGGAUUUCGCCUAAUGUUUAUACCUUUAAUAUGGUUAUGAGUGCUUUUUGCAAAUUGGGAAAACUAGAAAAGGCUGUUGAGGUUUUAAGGGAAAUGGAGAACAUAAGCUUGAAACCGACUGUUGUGUCUUAUAAUACUUUGAUUGCUGGACACUGUAACCGUGGCCUCUUGAGUGUUGCGUUGAAACUUAAGAGCGCGAUGGAGAAGAAUGGGGUAUGUCCUGAUAGUGUUACUUAUAAUGCUCUUAUUCACGGUUUAUGUAAGGAAGGGAAAUUACAUGAAGCGAACAAACUUUUUAGCGAGAUGAAGAGAAUCGGUGUGGCUCCUAAUGUUGUCACGUAUAAUACAUUGAUAAAUGCAUAUAGCCAGGUUGGUAAUUCUGAAAUGGGAAGUCGGCUUUUUGAGGAGAUGGCGAACAAUGGAUUGAAGGGUGAUAUAUUGACUUACAAUGCAUUGAUUUUGGGACUGUCCAAAGAGGGAAAGACAAAGAAAGCUGCAUUUUUGGUCAAAGAACUUGAUAAGGCAAACUUGGUUCCUAAUUCCUCUACUUUCUCUGCUUUGAUUAGUGGACAGUGUGCAAGAAGGAAUCCCGACCGUGCCUUUCAACUCUAUAAAAGCAUGGUCAGAGGUGGUUGUCACCCGAAUAAGCCAACUUUGACUCUAUUAACGUCCACCUUCGUCAAGAAUGAGGAUUAUGAUGGAGCAUUGGAAGUCUUGAAAGAGAUGUUAGAAAGAUCUAUUACCCCUGAUUUGGGUAUGUUAACCGAAAUAUGCAACUCACUUCUCAUAUGCGGCAGAGAAGGAACGAUCAUAAAACUAUUACAAGAAAUAGAAGCUAGACGCCUCAUCCCUGAAGGUUUUGAUAAAGCAACAAUAAUUAGUUCUAUGGACUGAAGAUAGAAUGUAAAGUUUUUACAAGAAAUAGAAGCUAGACACCUCAUUGCCAAAGGUUUUGUUAUGGCAACAAUGAUUAGUUCUACGAGAAGAUAGAAUGGGCGGAGCUAGCAGAGUUAUACUGGUUCGGCCGAAGCCAGUAGCUUUCGUUCAAAUCCUGUAUUUAUCGUAAGAAAUCCAUUGAAUAUGUACAAAUUACUAAUUUAAAACCCAGUAACUUAAAAGAACUAGAAUCUUGAACCCAUGAGUUUCAAAUCCUGGCUCUGCCUUUGGUUGUUCUUGAUUUCCACUUGCAUUAUGUAGCAGCUUCCUUUUAUUUCCUUUAGCAGUCUUGAAUUGUAAAUUUGUUAUAGCAAACUGCAAAUUUGGUUUCAGUAUAUUCAGG